UCGCCGUGUUCAACUUCACUUCAACAAAUCAAAAAACCAGUUUAUUUACCGACUACAUUCACGACGCGCGCGCGUUGUAGGUCUCGUGUCUAAAAUUUUUAGUUCGUGUUUUCUUUUGUAGAUUUCAUUAAAAAAAAAUUGUCUGUGCACUUUUAAGUUAUAAUUUUUCGUGUGUCAUUUAUACUUUCAACUAAAAUUCCUCGAAAUUUUUGUGUGAUUUUCGAAAGUUCUCAAUAAAGUACCCAUUGAGAGUGAUAAAAAGGUGUGUCGUGGUUCGAAUUUUGAAUCGUGAAUAAACUUUUGUGCAUUCGCGUGAAAAAUACAGGUGUUUUGUUUCGAUGAGUUCGUGUGUACAAAAGAGAUGUUGAUACGGAAAAGUUUACAUUCGAAAUCGAUUGUCAGUUGCAUAGUUGAGUGAUCUUCGUGUGAUUUGUUCAACAAGACGAGUUCGCAAGGUAAACAUGUGUUCAUCAGGACACCUCAGCAAUCGAACAAGCUCUCGUCAGCCCUGAUGUUGUCCGGAAUAUUCCAUGAAGUCGGCUGACAUGCAGCCAUGGCCAGUGGCAAGGCUCUGUAUUCUAUAGCGGUGGUCGCAUUGGGCUUCAUUUGCUUCGUAGUAGGCGCCAUCGCUGUUGGCUUACCUACUUGGGGAAAUUUUCAUAGCUAUGACUCUGACUUUCAACUCUCAGUUCCUGGGUACUAUUUAGACAAUCCGAACUUCGACCAGGGUUACUUCGGACCAUGGCGAGUGUGCAAGAAACUGCUCUACAACAGGGAGAAAUGCGGCUCAGACGUCUCCAAGUUCCAUCCGUCGACGGCGGUGUACAUAGCGGGCGUGGUGGCGUCGGUCGGCGUGUCCGUUCUUGGCGUGUUCUGCGUGCUCUCAGUACUGCAACUCGCCAUGAUAUCGUCAAAGGAACGUGUCGCCUUCAAAUAUACUCAUCUCGUCAUGAUGAAAUUAGCGCUGGCGCUUUUAGCCACGCUGCUGUCAAUUGUGGCAGCAAGUUUGUUCGCUGUACAAGGCGAUGACAGGGGCUUCUUCGUGACGAGGGGUGAAGCUUUCUACGUGCAGAUAGUCAGUAUAGUGAUCAACUCGAUACUGUUUAUAAUGUCGCUGUACGACGCGCUGUUCUCCCGACGUGCUGGCGGUGACCCGACUAAUCCUCUAGGGGAGCCUGAAGGCACCACCAUCAAUAACCCUGGAUUCAAAGAAGGAAGAGGAAUCUCAAUGACUGAUGCUUCGGGGAAGCCGUACAGCACAAAUGGUCACGGGAGCGUGGCGUCGAUGAAUACUACGGCUACCACGCUGACGGGCAUGUCGGAUGCCAGUACAAUCACCAGGUCUCCACUACGGUCGUCCCUCAAGAAGCCGCGGCCAAGAGAAGGUGAGCCCGGUGGCCUGGGCAUACAAAACCCGGGCUAUUCAGGCCACUCGCCCCCCUUAAACCGCAAUGGAAGUCAGAAAAAAGUGCGCAUACAAACACACAGUACUGAGGUGUGAACAAUUUCCCGUUUAUGACCAUUAAAUAUAUGUGUAGAUGGUUAUCGAAGCCCAAAAACUGGAUUUUAAAUCGAUAUAGAACUAGAACUCAUCUUUAGGACUUCAAAAAUAACUGGUUAUUGAAUCAAAUUGUUGUCCAAGUAUGCUUUUAUUAGGGAAGGCCAUCUUGAAUGCUGAAUGGUCAACCUUAAUAGGGAUGAUGACAGGAUAUGAAAAUUAAAAAUAUAAUUAGUCCGUCCGUUAGGUAAUGAAUAAAUAUUAGACACGUAUUUUUUGUUGUGAACAAUACUUAAAUAAAACGAAUCCAAAUUUUGGAGUGGGAACUAACUACGUCACUUUUGAGUAUAAAACGUAUCGUAUUGUAGAAAGUAUCUGUGUCCGUAAGAAAGAAAAAAUAUGUGUCUAAUGAUAUUAAAUAAUCUACCAGACGGACAUUAAAAUAAAAAAUUGUCAUCUAUCCUAUUAUGACAUUCAGAUGAAAUAUGAAGAUAACCCUUGUUACUGACUGUACCUAAUAACAACAAGGAAAUAUUUUACUUAUUACAAAACUGCGGCCUACGCAUACAAUUGUUCAUCGUACCUACAUAAAUGAUAUUUGGUAAAGAGUACUCGCUUCUUCAGGCAAGAUAACAUUUCAUGUACAAACAAUAAUAUUACUACAGGGUGCAAUUGAUAUCGCGAAUCAUUUUUUGUAGGUUCUACUAACGGUACUAGUUGCGUAUUAGAUAAUAAAAUGCAAAUCAAGAACUUAAAUACAUAAGAGAAAUCCCUUCAUAAUAUAGUUAGUCAUAUUAUAACAGGGAUAUUAACGCUAUUAAACAUUUAAAAGUAAUGAACAAAGUACGUCGUAUCUCGUCGUCGAUAUUGAAAAAACUUCCAAGCACUGACUAUACAAUAUUUUUUUUGGUGGAUUGCAUAGAGCAGUUAUAUUUUUUUUAAGUUGUCUAAUAUAAUAAGUAUCGUUAGUAGACUAAUUACAAAAAUCGUCGCCCAAUUUCAUUUGGGCGCUACUGAAUUUUUGCUCACUAGGUGGAGCUAGUGUGCCCGUCUCGUCUAUAGAUUACCCAUUGAGAGUUCAAUAUUAGCAGCUGCAGUAAUUGGACUAAAAUACAUUUUCCUAAAUAGGCGUCAUGUGAUGAACAGAAAAAUGGUAGACUGCAUUGCACCCUGUAUGAAGCCAUCUCUGUCAUUAUUUCUGUGACAAUAAAAGGGUCAUAUUAAAGUAGUAGGUAUUUCUCACAACUCCGACAGACUAUGUAACUCGAUCUAUUUAUUAAAUUUUAACUGAAGGGGCAAGGUGUUAAUUUAUUAAAACAUUUUUUUACUCCUUAGAUUGACUUAAGAAGACACUGAUAUAAGACACAUAAGUGUAGGAUUUUUUAUAAAUAUGUAUGUUAAUACAAAUAGGUACCUUUUACUGUUUUAAUAGCGUUAUUUGCGGUUACAUGUAAAAAUAUGAAUUUAUUUACAAUUAGAAAGUAUAUUAAAUGCUUACAAUGUGUUUAUUGACACAGAAUAAAUUUGUCAACUGUUAUAAAUAUGAAAAUAUUAUUACAUUUUUACAUGUAACCUGAUUUCCCACUAAGUGUGCAUACAAAUAUAAUUAAGGUAGAAUUUGUAAGUUGAUGCACAGUCGUAAAAUAUAUUCCACAUAUCACCAGCUGAUAUAGCUACGUAUUUUGUUUUACAUUUAAAUAUUUUUAUAUACAAUUUUAUUAGACAUUGCAAUCAUCUGUAUAUUUAGUUUGAACAAAGUUCUUAAUUGAAUAUUUUAUUGUGUAUAAAGUGCAUAUGUGUACAUAAAUCAGCACAAAGUGUUGUAACUUAAGAUUUUUUCUUUUUGAAUUUGUUACAUUAUUAUACAGCUUGUUGUAUAUUGACAUGCAAUUUAAUAUUUUAACAUUUAUAUUUUAGAAAUUAAUUUCGAUUGUAAGGAAAGAUACAUAGGUAUGUGUAAAUAUACAUGAGAACCCACCAGGCUUUUUGCGGACAUCACAUUUAUAAACCUGUUGUUUUAUCUUUUAUAAUUAUACUUACUGCUUUUUAAAACCGAUUGUGAGAAUCGUGCCUUACCUUUUUAAUCCAAAUUCGUGCCUUACCGUCCUAAAAGCCAUUAACCUUUUUGAUAUGGAUUCAAUUGUAUUUCAACCCUUAUUUAUGUACAUCAUUUAAUUUGGGCUGCCUAUUUGGAAUUGUUAAAAAUCUCCGCAAAUUAAAUACAUUAAUGUUAUUAAGUAAAAACGCGGGUUACUCACGUGAAUAUACUGAGAAAAGCUCUACUAGU